AUGAUAGAUCCGGCUCAACAUGUCGAAGCUCCACCGGCAGACGGCAUGGCUUCCAAAUCCCUCGCCUUCAACGCCGAGGAGAGCCUGAUUGUCGAGCACAACUUAUCGCCAUGGGAGGCCAUCAAAGCUUACCCCAUGGCUAUCUUCUGGUGUGUCGUCAUUUCGGCUUGUGUCAUCAUGGAAGGAUACGACCAGAUUCUUGUUCAGAGCUUCUACGCGUACCCCCAGUUUCAGCUUAAAUAUGGCGAAUACGUUGGUGUUGGCAGCACCGGAUACCAGAUCAAUGCACCUUGGCAAGCUGGCCUAAGCAACGCGUCCGGUGUGGGAGCAUUUUUCGGUACCCUCAUGAAUGGGGUCUUUGGUCACAAAAGGGUGCUUCUAGGAGCUUUGGUUACGCUCUCGGCAUUCAUCUUCAUCACAUUCUUCGCACCAAACCUUCCCGUCCUAUGCGUUGGCCAAAUCCUUUCCGGUCUCCCCUGGGGCAUUUUCGCUACUGCGGCACCCGCCUACGCCUCAGAAUGCCUGCCCAUGGUUCUUCGCGUCUACUUUACCAGUUUCACCAACAUGUGUUUCAUCAUUGGCCAAUUGAUCUCGGCUGGUGUCUUGCGCGGCCUCCAAGGGCGGCAAGAUGAGUGGGCAUACAGGAUCCCCUUUGCCCUACAGUGGAUGUGGCCGAUCUUCUUGAUCCCGCUUGUUUCAAUGGCUCCCGCAAGCCCGUGGCAUGAAGUCCGAAAAGGUCGUCUUGAAUCAGCCGAGAAGUCUCUUCGUCGCCUGCAACGGAAGUCUGCGGACAUUGACCCGAAAAAGACACUGGCAAUGAUCGUCUACACAAAUAAUCUGGAGGAGCAACUUCAGGUUGGCACCACGUAUUGGGAUUGCCUCAAGGGCUUUGAACUUCGACGUACGGAAAUUGCUUGCAUGUGUUUUAUCGGACAGCCGCUCUCUGGUGGCAACUUCGCUUACAACUCUUCCUACUUCUUCGAACGAGUUGGACUCAACACCGAAACAACCUACUCUCUUAACCUUGGAGGAACAGGACUGGCACUCCUCGGAACAUUGAUCAACUGGUUUUACAUCAUGCCUAGAUUUGGUCGCCGGCCCACUUACUUGUUGGGAAUGGCUGUCAUGAUCAUGGCUCUGAUGGCCAUUGGAAUCCUUCAAGUAUGGGGCGAUAGACCCUCAGUUGGAUAUGCCCAGUCUGCGCUCUGUUUAUUCUGGACAUUCGCCUUUCAGCUGUCAGUUGGUCAACUGGGGUGGGCUUUGCCUGCGGAAGUCGGCUCCACACGCCUUCGCCAGAAGACCAUUUGCCUGGCCCGAAAUGCGUACUACAUUGUCAAUGUUGUUUCUGGAGUUCUCCAAUCAUACUUCAUCAACCCUACUGCGUGGAAUUUGUCAGGCUACACGGGUUUCUUCUGGGGAGGUACUUCCAUCGUUGUGCUUGUCUGGGCAUUUUUCCGACUGCCUGAGACAAAAGACCGUUCAUACGAACAGCUGGAUGUGCUGUUUGCGCAGAAAGUACCCGCGCGACACUUCAAGAAGACCGAUCCUGAUGUUUUUAAUCACUAUGAAGUCAACUGA